AUGUCGGCGAACAAAUUCGUUUCCGAGUCAGAAACCGAUGUAAUCAUUCUCGGCGCCGGACCAUCUGGUCUGAUGGUCGCCUACUGGAUGGCACGCUACGGGAUCCGAACCCGUAUCGUCGAUAAACGCCCCACAAAGGUGUUUACCGGACACGCCGAUGGAAUCCGUAUGCGGACCUUGGAACUCUUUGACAGUAUGGGCAUCUACAGCAAAGUAGAAAACGAGGGCCAUCUGGCUGUGGAGCCUGGAUUCUGGGUACCUGGGCCCGAAGGCAAAUUGAUCCGUCAAGGUCCCAUUACCGCAGGCCAGGUCUUCGAAUCGCCAUAUCACCAUAUGCUUUUGACCCAAGCUCGCCUCGAGCGCUUUGUGCUGGAUAGUAUUAGAGAGCAUUCGGAUAUUCAUGUGGAGCGUGGUGUGCUUGCGGAGACUUUCGAGUAUGAUGAAACACCGGAAAGCGACAAUGAGUAUCCGAUUACUGUCGGCCUGCGACAUUCUGGUCCUGAGGAUAGUAUCACUAUCCCUGGUAACUUGUGCGACGAGGAGUGGGAGGAUUUGACGAGGCAACGUAGGAGCAGACGUGCAAGGAAGGAAAAUAUCAAGGCGAAGUAUAUUAUCGGUUGCGAUGGAGCGCAUAGCUGGACGAGAAAGCAACUGGAUAUUCCGUUUGAAGGCGCGAGUACGGAGCACAUCUGGGGUGUGAUCGAUGUCGUGCCUAUAAGCAAUUUUCCCGAUAUCCGUAGACUGGGCUCGGUAACCAGCCCCAAAGGCACUAUGCUUCUCAUUCCCCGCGAAAGAAAACUCGUCCGUUUCUACGUCCCCGUCCACGUCGCCAACGACGAGAUCACCAACGGCCGCUUUGAUCGCUCAACGAUCACACCCGAGCAAAUCAAAGCGCGCAUCCAGGCCAUACUUGCUCCAUACACCUUUGACUUCCAGAUUCUGGACUGGUGGAAUGCAUACCAGAUUGGCCAGCGGAUUGCGCCGACAUUCGCAAAGGGUGAUCAUGCCUUUCUUGCCGGCGACGCGGUGCACACGCACUCGCCCAAGGUAGGCCUGGGGAUGAACGUUAGCAUGCAAGACGGGUUCAACAUCGGGUGGAAAGUGGCUUUGGUCGUAGCCGGGGUAGCUGACCCCGAAAUCCUGAGCACGUACAACGAAGAAAGACAUCAGAUUGCGGAGCGAUUGCUGGAAUUCGAUAAGGCGUGGUCGACGCAGUUUACUGACGAGGCUAAGCCGCCUGGGAACGGGGUGCCGGAUAAGACGCAGAAUAUGAUGAAGAUUGCAGUGGAGUUCCAGGAUUUCGCAGAUGGCGUGAAGACGUUUUAUGGUGAUAGUGUGUUGGUUUGCAAGGAUGGGAACGAGCAUGAGGGACCGGCUUUUGCGGCCAAUCUGGUUCCUGGGGAGCGUGUUCCAUCUGCGAAACUGCGUCAGCCGGCUGAUGCGACGAUUAGAUGGUCCAUGAGGAUUAUGGAGAGUAAUGGGCCGUUCAGACUGGUUGUUUUGGCGGGCGAUAUGCGUGUGAAGGAGCAGAAGGCGCGGGUUGAUGAUCUUGGGCAGUAUCUGGCUGGUUUUGAUGAGUCGAGACCCUCUGUUUUGACGCGUUAUGUGUCUAUCCCGGGGCGAUUUGAUAGCCUUGUUGAUACCUUGACUAUUCAUAGUGCUCCAUGGACGGAAGUGGAGUUCUUUGAUUUUCCGGAGAGUUUGCGUCCAUUUGACCCUAUUAUGGGCUGGGGCUAUGAGAAGAUCUGGUGUGAUGAUCCCUGUAUCUGGGAUAAAGACUGUGAUGGAAAGGGAUACGAAAGGUGGGGUGUUGAUCGAGUUCGUGGCGCGAUGUUCAUUCUGCGGCCGGAUCAGUAUAUUGGAUGGGUUGGUGAACUGGAGGAUGUUGACAGUAUGACUCGGUAUUUGGAUGGGAUUUUGAUCCAGAAAUCGGUAUCAAGGUUGUAA